AGUUUAAUCUGGUAGACGAUCAGAUAAAACCUACGCGAUGCCCGUUAGCAUUCGGCUAGCAGACUGAACGUCAGCGAAGAGUCUGAAAAGAUGAUUUUGAAUGGAAUUUUGACGCGAAGGGAGCUCUUUUUACAUCGAUUUAAUCGAGUUUGAGGAGAAUUAAACGCGUGUGUCGCCAUUUGCUGUAAUAGAAGUUAAAUGAGCCGCUGAGGGCUGUUGGUGUGACGUGGAUUUGACGACGGGUUCUUCACGGUUCGUGUAGCCAACCAGCCUCGAGUCAUUCGACAGACUUCGAGGUGCACAGGAACUGGUUGGCCAUCACUCACAGUCUGCCGGUGUCCAGGUGGUACCAUGAGAACACGUCGGAGUGGACGCUGGACUACCCCCCACUGUUUGCCUGGUUCGAGUUCGCUCUGUCCAACGUGGCUCAGCACUUUGACAGAAACAUGCUGGUGGUGGAGAACCUGAACUAUGUCAGCCCGUCGACUGUACUGUUCCAGAGGCUGUCGGUCAUCCUCACUGAUGUGCUUUUUAUCAUGGCUGUCCGAGAGUGCUGCAGGUGCGUUCAGGAGCAGAAAGGCUCUCGGGACGUUUUGACCCGGCCGUCCUUCGUCCUGGCUGUCCUGCUGCUCUGGAAUUUCGGCCUCCUCAUCGUCGACCAUAUUCAUUUCCAGUAUAACGGCUUCCUGUUUGGUUUCCUGCUGCUGUCGGUGGCCAAACACCUGCAGUCUCAGCACCUGCAGGGGGCGCUGCUGUUCGCCAUCCUGCUCAACCUGAAGCACAUCUACCUGUACGGGGCUCCAGCCUACGGCAUCUACCUGCUGAGGAGUUACUGCUUCACUCAGGAUGGCAAAGACGGUUCAGUCAUCUGGAGGAGUUUCCGUCCAUUCCGCCUGCUGGCUCUGGGCAGCAUCGUGGUCUCCGUCUGCGCUGUGUCUUUCGGGCCCUUCAUCAUCAUGGGUCAGCUCCCUCAGGUCCUGGCCCAACUCUUCCCAUUUAAACGGGGCCUCUGUCACGCCUACUGGGCGCCCAACGUCUGGGCCCUGUACAACAUCGUGGACAAAGUCCUGGUGACACUCGGUGUCCGUCUAAAGCUGCUGGACGAGGCGCAGCUCCCUCGAGCCUCCAUGACGGGCGGCUUGGUUCAGGAGUUUCAGCACUCGGUCCUCCCCUCCGUCUCUCCCUCCAUCACACUCAUCUGCACUCUGCUGUCCAUCCUGCCUGCGGUGGUGUCCAUCUGGCGGCGUCCUCGCGGUGCUCGGGGUUUCCUGCGCUGCCUGCUGCUCUGCUCUCUGGGCUCCUUCAUGUUUGGCUGGCACGUCCACGAGAAGGCCAUCCUCAUUGUCAUCAUACCUCUCAGUAUCCUGGCGGUGGAGAGCAGAGAGGAUGCUGGGAUCUUCCUGGUUCUGAGCACCACAGGUCAUUACUCCCUGUUCCCGCUGAUCUUCACCUCCACAGAGCUGCCCAUCAAAGUGGUUCUGAUGCUGAUGUUUGUCAUCUACUCUUUCACCGCCCUGAGGAAACUUCACAGCGGUCAGGGGUCUCUACUCCAUCCUCUGGAGGCUGUCUACCUGCUGGGACUGGUUGCCAUGGCGAUCGCCUGUGAGAUUGUCUUUCCUCUGUCACCAUGGCAACAGAAGCUGCCCUUCCUGCCCCUGCUGGCGACCUCACUGUACUGCGCCGUUGGCGUCUGUUACUCUUUCCUGCGUCUGUACGUCAGCCUGCUGAGGCAGGCGGAGAAGCCCAAAGAGCAGUGAGACACCACCCUGUAGCUGACAGGUCGCAGGUUAGAUCCCCUACACACCUCCACCCUGCUGAGACACCAGUCUGUAUCCUGUAGGACAAAGUGCCGGUCAUGUUUCUGGCUCCAGUCUUCUUCUCCCGGGCAGUUGGCUGAGGUCAGACCACAUGACAUCGGAUGGCCUGUGAACGAAGUCGUCUGUCGGCUCUGAAUGCUGCUGUGGUUUAGUUUGGACUGUGAAGAUGCAGCCCUUCUUUUAGUGCUUAUUUUAAAGGAGCACGACACUCAAGGUCUCGGACUCAGAGUACGACAGCUCACAGAGCGAAGCCCGUGAGAAGCCAUUAAUGAAUUAAUUAAUCAGCCAUUAAUGUUCCAUAAUAAUCUUAAAACGACCAUUUUUACUGAGAGGUUUGGCUGUGGGUGCCCACCACACUGCGAUCUGGAGUAUCUCACAUACUGUAUGUGAGGAGUCUGUUGUUUGUAAUGAAUCUGUCUGGUCCCUGUGAAGUUUGGACUCAGCCUUUAUAAUCAGACUCAGGAUCAGAAGAUCAGGGCCAGAAGUCCUGGAACACCGUGUGGACAAAAGCAUAAAGACGUUUGAUGGGUGUGUUAGGUUUCCUUUUUCAAAUAAACUGAUUAACUUCC